AUGGCUACGGCAGGCAUAUUUUCCACGUAUCCCAAACCUUACUUAACCGUAGUCGGAGGGAUGAUCGAUCAGAUCUUCGGUACAGUUAUGCUCUGCAUGGGUGUAGCCACCAUUGUUGAUAAGCGCAACGGAAUUCCACAGUUUCUCCAACCAGGCUGCAUAGGUUUUCUACUAGUCGGCAUUGGCAUGGCGUUUGGCCACAAUUCUGGCUAUGCCAUUAAUCCUGCUCGUGAUCUUGGUCCUCGUUUAUUCACUUUAUGUGCAGGAUACGGAUGGGAAGUUUUCAGCUAUCGUGAUUACUGCUGGUUCUGGAUCCCCAUUGUUGGUCCUAUGAUUGGAGGCGUAAUUGGUGCUUGGCUUUACGAAUUUGUCAUAGGAUUCCAUCUUCCAGACCUGCCAGACAUUGAGAUGGAUACGGUAUGUGAAUGA